UCACCCCCCAAAAAUCCCCCACUCUCAAUUCUCCCUUCCCAACACUGUCGCCUACAACCACCAUGGCCUCCGCCGUCAAGCAAGAAAUCCCCGAACUCGCCAAAACCGCCGCGAUUCCCACCGCGCCGAUCGACAUCAGCAGCGACAGUGAGAGCAGCAGCAACUCCGUCGAGUCCUCCGACAUCGAAGACGACCUCGCCACCACCGCCUUCAUCGAGUCCAUCACAUGCAAGUCCAGAAACGAACGUAACUCCGACGAUUCAUCUCCUCCCCCGGCGAAGAAACCGAAACGCGGCGGCGCGACCGCGCUAGGGUUUCAACAAGACUUGCCUGUCACGGCGGAUGUGCCGCUGACGAUGGCGCGGGUUCUGCCGGACUCAACUUGCGUGAAGCAGAAGAUUGGCCAAAAUAGUAAUAAAACGAUGACUGUUAAUAGUAAUAAUAAUCAAGAAGGUAAUUCGGUUUUACGGGGAUGCAAGCAGUUCUGGAAAGCCGGGGAUUAUGAAGGCGACAAGGACAAGAACGAUUCUAAUUCUGGGUUUUCUACUGUUGGGAUGGAUCAUGCUAGAAUUCACCCCAAGUUUCUGCAUUCGAAUGCCACUAGUCACAAAUGGGCGCUGGGAGCUUUCGCGGAGUUGCUAGACAAUUCUUUAGAUGAGGUCUGCAAUGGAGCCACUUAUGCUAAUAUCGACAUGUUGAAAAACAAAAAGGAUGGGAGUUUGAUGCUUGUCGUGGAAGAUAAUGGUGGUGGAAUGACUCCUGAUAAAAUGAGACAGUGCAUGUCUCUUGGCUAUUCAGCUAAAAGCAAAAUGGCAAAUACAAUUGGUCAAUAUGGAAAUGGAUUUAAGACUAGUACUAUGCGAUUAGGAGCAGAUGUUAUAGUGUUCUCUCGGUGUCAGGGGAUCAAUGGAACAAGCCCAACACAGACUAUUGGAUUGCUAUCUUACACUUUUCUGAGGGCUACUGGGAAAGAAGAUAUAGUGGUUCCCACGAUUGACUAUGAGAAAAGUGGUAAAGGUUGGAACAAGAUGAUGCGGGCUUCUACAGAUGAUUGGACAAGAAAUUUAGAAACCAUUGUGCAGUGGUCUCCUUAUGCAAGUGAAGAAGAUCUUCUGCAGCAAUUCAAGUUAUUUAGAGGGCAUGGCACGCUGAUUGUAAUAUACAACCUUUGGGAGGAUGAUGAAGGUCAUCUGGAACUUGAUUUUGAUACUGAUCCCCAUGACAUUCAAAUUAGAGGAGUCAACAGGGACGAGAAGAGCAUUCAGAUGUCUAAACAAUAUCCAAACUCUAGACACUUCUUAACUUAUCGACAUUCAUUGAGGAGUUAUGCAUCAAUUCUCUAUCUUAGGCUUCCAGCUCACUUUAGAAUCAUUCUGCGGGGGCAAGAUAUCAAACAUCACAAUAUAGUGAAUGACAUGAUGAUGACAAAGGUGGUGACGUACAAACCUCUAAUUCUUCCCGAGGGAAUGGCAAAAGAUUCAAAUAUGGUUGCCAAAGUGACUCUUGGCUUUGUGAAGGAUGCACAUUCUCAUAUUGAUAUCCAAGGGUUUAAUGUUUAUCAUAAAAACAGACUGAUAAAGCCUUUUUGGCGUGUUUGGAAUGCUGCAGGCAGUGAUGGUCGUGGAGUUAUAGGUGUGUUGGAAGCUAAUUUUGUUGAACCAGCUCAUGACAAACAAGGCUUUGAGAGGACAAAUGUCCUUCAAAGACUUGAGCAACGAUUGAUUGGCAUGCAGAAAGAGUUCUGGUCUAAAAAUUGCCAUGCUAUUGGCUAUGCUCCAAGAAGACGUACCAGUGACUUUCCAGAGAGAGAUUCUUCAGUGUCUGAUAAAGAGAAAUCACCCACAAAUCAGAAUGGUCAUGCUUCUAGUAGUAGAGGGUAUAAGAGAAAAACAAGUAAAAAAUUUGAAAAAGGAUCAUCGCCUGUGAAUACUUCAAGUGAAGAUGGCAACUGUAAUGAGGCUUUGCAUUCUUCCAUUAAACCUCAGCAAGAUCAUGCCUCUGACUCAAGGGGGGUUCACAUACCUUUGAAAGUGGUUGAUACAAAUGGAGAAGAACUAGUUAUAAUGGACCAAGUAACUGAGCGUUCGAUUAUGUUGAGAACAGAUUCAUCAGUUGUGGAAAGAUUGGAGGAGGCUAUAAAUGAUCUCAGUCAUGAAAGAGAUAGCUGUAAAUCUCUUAAAAUUGAACUUGAGAAGGCAAAUGAAAGAAUAUCAGAGUUGGAAAAAGAGCAAGAAGCACUGAUUCAGGUACUAGUGGAAGAAAAGACGGAAAGAGAACAGGAGGAAGAGCGACUCAGGAAAAGCCUAACGAAGGCUUCUAAUACCAUUGAUGAGCUGCUCCAGAAGGUGAGACAGUUAGAAGGAAGGACGACAGUGGCCUGCAAAGUUGAAAAAGAAUGAAAAGCUAACAGUAUGAGCCUCUAGAUUUCAACCAUAUCAGAAUGGUAUUUGUACAGAC